CGACACGAUAAGUGAAAGUGAAAUUAGGUUGGGCACAAUUUGAUCAUGGUUGUCUCUGAAAGGCAUGAAUCGUGAUUCGGUGCUUCUUGGGUCAGAAGGAUGAACUAGAGUUUGUUUGGAAGCAAUCCAAAAAAACAUGGCGGGGACUCCAGCAGAACAUACCAGGGAGCACGUGACCUCUUCUGUAAAAAGGAUGGGUGAGGAGAGUCAGGAAUUCCUCAGUUAUAUGUCCAUGAAGAGUGACCGGUCAAUGGGGGAACCCAUUAACUUCAAAGAGGGAAGUGUGAUCCAACAAGGUACUCAUAUCUGCACAGAUCGUCUUGCCAGACCAGAAUCACCAACUACCAAUACAGCCCCGAGUGACAAAUCCAUUGACCGUCCCAUUCACUUUCAGUCAGGAAAUCGUCUCUGUGACUCCUGUUCUGAGUUUUUGAACACUGAGACACAAGCUGUGAAGUCCUGCCUGACCUGCAGUAACUCCUACUGUGAGACUCACGUCAGGAAGCACUACACUGAAGCACGUUUCAAGAAACACGAGCUAGUGGAUGUGUCAAGAGGCCUGGAGCUCUGUGAGGGACAUGGCAAACCUCUGGAGGUGUUCUGCUUGACUGACCAGAUGUUCGUCUGCAGUCAGUGUUCAGUAACACGACAUCAAGGACACAACAUCCGCCAUGAGACAGAACUACCUGGGGGAAAGGGCACCGGAACGGAGGAACCAGCCUCAAAUAAUUUACUGCCCCCUCCUGGAGAGAUCAGCUUCCUGUAUGUUAAGGCCAACUCAGUGACUCUGAACUGGGGGCGUCCAGAGGGCCUGGAAGGACCCAGGACAUUUAAGGUGGCCUGGGAGAGUGAUGGAGAACCAAAGAGUCUUGAAUUAAUUGACAUGUACAAAGUGGAAAUAACUGGACUCCAACCUGGUCAGAAGUACGAGUUCAGAGUGGCCUCAAAAGGGGACCAUGGCAAACACAGUAAAUAUGUCUUAGCAACUACUUACACAGUGGUCCCACCUGCCAGGGACAUUACAGUUGGCAGAUCUGAAGAAACUUCCUUCGAUGUUCGCUGGUCCAAAGCUCUAGGAAUGGAUUAUGUUCCUCAUCACUUCAUCAUAACCUGCACAAGUCCAGGGACAGAUUCUCUGGCAAUACACACUGAGGUCUGCCACACAACACUGACUGACCUGCAGCCUGACAAGCAGUACACUGUUGAAGUCUCAGCUGUGAUGAACAAUGGAAGACGAAGCAAACCUGUCUCUACAACCAUAUACACUAGUAUCCCUGCACCUGUCAAGCUGACAGUUGUCUUCGUGGACACCACAUCAGCCACUGUUAGCUGGGAACAGCCAGAUGGAAUGAACCAAAUCCAACUCCAGUACCAGGUCUCCUACCAGACUCCAGGAACAGAUCGUCACAUCACCACCUCCACCUCCUCACUCAACAUCACUCUUGCUGACCUGAGACCUGCCUCUGAGUACUCUGUCAGUGUCUGUUGUCUAUUACACAACAGGCUGAUGAGUCCAUCUGUGUCAACGACCUUCACCACUAGAGUUCCAGCACCAGCUGACCUGACCACAGAGCAGUUACAGCCCUCCUCUGUGUCCCUGCGCUGGACCAAGGCUGAAGGAAUGGAGACAAUCCCACAUCAUUUCCUCAUAACCUACUGCACCCCAGGAACACAAAUCCUGGAAAUAGAGACUGAGGACUGCCACACAAAACUUUCUGGCCUGCAACCUGGCACUUUGUACACUGUCAGCAUCUUAACUAUGUUGAACACUAGAGAAAAGAGUGAACCUAUCUCCACAACCAUCAACAUGGGUAUUGAUUCCCCAAGAUACAUAACUGUUCACUCAGUAACAACCUCCUCAAUAUCACUGAGCUGGCCACCACCUGAUGGCCCAGAAGAACAACCACAAAAGUUCAGAGUUGAAUGGGCUUCUUGUGGACAUUCUGGCGACAAUAUUGUUGAAGAGGCAUCCUAUGACAUAACUAACCUCAUGCCUGGCAGAGAGUAUGACAUUAGAGUUGCAACCAUUGGAGACAACAAACAACUUAGCAAGUUUGUUCAAACAAAACAGUACACAGAACCAACUUCCCCUGAAAACUUGAGGGUGGACAAGGUUGACCAUAAAUCUGUCACAUUGUCUUGGUACAAACCAGUUAACAUGGACAAUGUGUCAUAUUCAUUCACCAUUAAGUAUUCCUGCAACGCAGAGCAAGAAGAGCAAAAAGAACAGAAAACUAACAACAGUGCUGUUAUUUCCGGCCUCAAAUCAGGAACAUUAUACACCUUUUAUGUAGUCACCAUGCUACAAAAUGGCAGUACGAGCUUGAGAGAAACCUCAACACAACAACGCACAAACUUGAGUCUGCAGAGUGUACUAGACAACUUGGGACUUACAGAUCAUCGUACGAACAAACUCACAAUGGAAGGCGUUAAACAGAUUGGUGAGAAUGUUUGGCCUGAAAAAGUUCGAACACACCUUCCAUCACAACUACAGCUCUUUUUAAAGAAGCUGUUGAUGGCGAACAUGACUGCUAGAAAUCUCAAAUGUUGCACUGGCCAACAGUUAUCAGAAUGCAGGCUUGCAUCAAGGAAUGAGCCAUUUGGUCCAAAGGACAUUAACCCUCUGGACCUCAUAACUGCUCUGUUUCUUUGCUCAGAUGGUAUGUUACAGCAGGAGCUCAGUCAGAAAAUGUCCUUGUGUCAAUUUGCUGUUCCUCUCCUGCUGCCCAACCCUGAAACACAACAAAGCACUUUGAUGCUGUGGGCCAUGAGGGAUAUAGUUAAGCAGUUUAGACCUCACUGUCCUGGUGACCAACAAGAAUUUGUGGAGCAAGGUAUUGUAGAUACUGUCCUCCCAAUGAUUUCUUUUGUCAGAUGUGGAGCCAGCAGCUUGUCAAAGUCAAAGUUUCUAAAUGAAGUUCUCAGCAAUUCCCAACAGAGCCACAACACAUUUGUGCACCAUAACAUGAGAGGUGGCAACAUCCCAAAGAUGAUCUGUAAUGGAUUGGUGGAAAUUAGUUGGUAUCUGCCAAGUGGAAAUGCAAACAUAGAUGUGUUCCCUGAGGCUUUAGCUCUGGCUAAUCUUCGUGGAGAUCUCAAGGAUUUUCCAACACAGUUUACAUUUCUCUGCCAAACCUCAGCUGCCCUUUUUGUGUUUUGUGAUGAUCUGGACUUGAAUAAAAGUAUUCCAGACAUGAAACUUAAAAAGAAAACAAAACUCUUCAUUGUGUCUAACUCUCAGUCUAUGAACAAUGAUAAAGACGAUUUCAAGAAACAAACUGCCGAGUUCCAGAAAUACAGUGCUCAAUUUAUAAAUAGAAACCAAACCAUGAACGAUGCAGAUCUUGUGGAAAAGCUUUCGCUUGGAAUCACAGAGCUUUUGAAGGCAGAACCCCUCAAAAUGAAAGUAGACAGUAUUGCAAAAUUUGCAAGUAAUUUUGGCAUCCUCGUGGAUGAAGACGAAGGUCCAUGCAAGGCAGCAAAGGUUAAUGCAGCCAAAAUCACAAAUGAGGUCUCUGACAUACCCAAAUACAAGAGCAUCCAGCUACCUCUACAGGGGAAAACUUGGAAAAAACUCACUGAACUAGAGAAGGAAGAGUGCAAGAGAAAAAAAGCAGGUUCCAAAAACAUUGAGGUUUACUUAAGAGAACUCAAUCAAGAGAAAGAUGAACUGAGAAAGGAGCAAAUGGCAAUUGGAAUGAGUCAAGGCAUCAGAGAAUUCGUCAAGGGUUUGAAAAGUUCAACAGAGGAGCGCACAUAUUUCCUCAAGUGGAUGAAGAUCAGUCUAGACCACAAGUCGAGGAGUCAGCUGUAUGAACACAGGAAGCAGUAUAAAGAGCAAAGCCAGAAAGCCAUUGAGAAUAAAGAAUUUCGAUCCAAUUUACAAAAGCUGAUCUUGACCAGCUCCUUGGGUACGGAACAUUUCAUGAGAGAACUUGCCCAGCUGUAUGAGGCAUCCCUGGUCCAUGAAACCACUUCAGAGUGGAAACAGGAAAUUCAAGAACUUCCAAAAAUCUGUGCUGAAUUAAUGUUGGUAGGUUUUCCACUAGAACUCAUGGAUGGAGAUGCAUCUAACAUCCCAAUAAAGUGGAUAAGAGAUGUUCUUAAAGAGCUUGACUCUCUCAUCAAACCCAACAACAAGAUCAGAGUAGUUUCAGUUCUGGGAUCGCAAAGCUCAGGGAAGUCCACUCUCCUUAACACCAUGUUUGGAGUUCAGUUUGCUGUAAGCAGUGGAAGAUGCACCAGAGGAGCCUUCAUGCUGCUCAUCAAGGUCAAAGAUGAAUUCAGACAUGUGAUCAAGUGUGACUUUAUCAUGGUCAUCGAUACAGAGGGCUUGAACGCGCUGCAUUUAUCACAGAUAACCAACAACUAUGAACAUGAUAAUGAACUGGCCACACUUGUGGUAGGACUGAGUGACAUCUCCAUUGUCAACAUUGCUAUGGAAAACAACUCAGACAUGAAAGACACUCUGCAGAUUGUAGCUCAUGCUUUCCUUCGGAUGAAAGGGUCCCGGAAGAUACCCUGUUGUCAGUUUGUGCACCAGAAUGUAACCGAUAUCUCUGCUCCAGACAAAAACCUUAGGGAACAGAAUCUCCUGUUGGAAAAGCUGAAUGAAAUGACAAAAGUUGCAAGCAGGAUGGAAAAUAUCAAUGAAUGUGCUUUCACUGAUAUCAUCGCCAACAAACCUGAAGAGAACUGCAACAUCCCUGGUUUAUGGCAUGGUAGUCCACCCAUGGCUCCUGUCAAUGAGGGUUACAGUGCAGCUGUAGACCAACUUAAACAGCAAUUGAGCAACACGUUCAAGAAGCAAACUGUGGAUGCAGAAACCAUCCCUGAUUUCUGUGAGUGGUUACAACAUUUGUGGACAGCUAUAAAGCAUGAGAAAUUCAUCUUCAGCUUCCGCAAUAGCCUUGUGGCUCAGGCAUACAACAAGCUAUGUGUGGAGUUCAACCAAUGGGAGUGGACCUUUGAAAAACACAUGUACAACUGGCUGGUAAAGGCAGAGAUUGCGGUAGCAAACUACGGCUUGAAAGGUACUGAGGAAAUAUCUGGCCUGGACAGUGUCCUACUUCAGCUGAAAACGGAUUUAGACAAAGAGUUAGAAAAGGCAGGUACAGAGCUUCUCGACAAAGUGACAAAAUAUUACAAAAGUGAGCAAGGAAAUGUUGCUCUGAUUGAGAAAUACAGAGUAGAAUUUGAGAUUAGUGCAAAGCACCAAAAGAAGUCCAUGACCAGAACUCUUGAGAGAAAACUAGAAGUGGCUGUGGAUAUGAGAAGAUGCACAUUAGGGAUCAACAACAGAAACAAUAGAGAUACUGUGGAGAAAAAAAUGUCUGACCUUGUUAAGAAAUGCAGUAAAGAAAACCACCCAAUGUCCAACCAGGAAAUAGAAGAAGAAUUCAAAAAUAUGUGGAACGAAACUAUAAGGGAGUUGUCAUUUGGCGGUUUAGAGCGUCACAAUGUUUCCGAAGAUGUCUAUAGGGCUCUAGAAAAAAACUUGAGGAACUCAGGUUCAAAUAUUUGGAAGAUGCUAACUGAGGCAAAUCCUAUUGACAAAUGUGGGAAGGAGGAAUUCAAAUUGAAGAAAGAUGGAAAUGUUUUGACAAAGUCUAUCAAGAAGACAGUGGACAAAGAAGGAUAUGGAAAUCAAAAGAUGAUAAGAAACAAGAAAAAACUGUUAGCUGCUGAAAUCAUACGCAAGUCGAAGACCUUGAUUUAUAAAAAAGUGAAAGAAAGAAUGGACUAUCACUGCACUCACACUAAAGAAUUACUUGAAUUAAUAGAUGAGAACCUUGCUUGGCACAGUGAGUUGCACAUCAGUGCUGAGAUAUCAGCGGCUCUGAAAAUACACAUCUGUGGGCAUGCAGCGAGGGAAUUCCAGAGCAUGCAUGAUGCUUUCAUCAGAAAUAAUGAUCCACGACAAAAUCUGGAAGAACUGAAGCCUCAGUAUUUGGCUGACUUUAAGGACCUGUACCAGAGGAAAGAUCUGUGCAAACGAAAGGCUGAUGAGUUCACUGAGCUUUGUCUUCAACCUGCUGUUAGAGAAUACAUCUACAAACAUUUGGGACAAGACAUUCUGGAAGUACUUCAGUCGAUCGAUGGUGAUGUGAAUAUUAGUACACGGAAACACUUUCAAUUUAGCGUUUUUAAGCAGCUGAUAUCAGCAGACUUUUGUGCAUUUACAAAGUACAUUGAUUAUUAUGAGGGAUUCGUUUUUGAGUGCAUACUUAAUGCAGCAGUUGGACACUUUUCAGAUGGACAAAUUGCAAACAUGGAAGUUGAACGCUUGGAGAACAUCUGUAGAAAGAUUAACCACGCUGUUGACAAGUCAUUGAAGAGUAAAAGUGAAGACGACAUGAAGGAUCAGAAUUUAAACACGUUAAUUCAGGAUUUACGUAGACAGUUGUCAGCCUGGCUGGUCAUUCCCGAUGGUACAACAGGGUUGACUUCAGGGAUUGUCAAGAAAGAAGACUUCCUCAAAAUGUUGACAUUGUCUGUCAUAAAAAUUGAGGAUUCUUUAAGAGAAGAGUUCUCUACAGAUUCAGAUGUGAAGAAGAAGUUGAUCAAAUUAAAGGAAUGUCCUUUGGAAAAACUGAAGAGGAAGAUGUUUGGCUGUGGUAAGAUGUGUCCAUUCUGCAUGACCCCAUGUGAUGUAGAGGUAGAGGGUCAUUCAACACAUUCCUCUGUAAUCCACCGACCUGUGGGACUUGGUGGGUAUCAAACAAACGAGUCAGGAAAACUUUGUGAAAAUAUUUGCACAUUUCUCAUCAAUGAUAAAGAGGAAUUCCAUUGUGCUGAAACAAAAGGGAAAUUCUCUUUGUUCUCGAAAUAUAAAGAAUAUUUCGAAGAUUGGACCAUAAACCCAGACAACACCGUCACAAACUACUGGAAGUACCUUUUUGCGAAGCAUAGCAAGGAGUAUUCAGGAAUACAUGAUGUCUUACCAGCUGAUAUACCAGAAGACUGGAAAACAAUCACAAGUGAUCAGGCUUUGAAGAGCUUGGUAGAGUAUUUUGACUCCCAUAUCUAACAUUGCCACAAUGCAGACUGUGUGCCAAAGGUACUGUUGAUCCACACUUGUCUGGUUUCACCACAAGAUAGGACUUCAACAUUUAAGCUUCCAUGUUCUCACUUUGUCAUGCUAAGAUGAAUGAGUCCUGUCCUGCCUCUGUAUUUUGAGUUCUUUUAGCAGUGUUUUAGCACAUCAUAGGUGGUUCGUUUGAACAGGAAGUGAUUGUUUGAACAUGAAGCAAUUUCUUCUCAAGCAGACCAAUGAGCUGACAUGUAUGUCAUUUACUGCCGUCCUUUUUUUUUUUUUUUUUUACAUUUCAUUUGUACUGUCAUUGUCAGUGUUAUGUAACUUAAUAUUCUAAUCGUUGGUCCUAUUUGUGUGGAUGCUUGUAUAAACAGUGUGCAAUACAGUAUAUGCUGUAAUUUCAGAUGUAUAGCGUGUUUACCUAGUGUGAAGCUUAUGUUAGCUAAAAUAGAAUAAAAUCUAAGAUGUAUGUGCAAGUGCCGUAUUAUAAUCAUAUAUUCAACUAUUGUAGAAAUGCCUACCUUUUGGUUUCUUAUAGGUAUACAUUGGUUUCUUCAAAGCGUACAAACUGCUGUAUGUAGUAUGAAUCAGUAAGUCAAAGCUACUGGACCUUGUCAUUUCACCAGCAAUACUAUUGAAUUGCUAAUGUAUUAAUAUAUUUUUUUGAUAUAUAUCUUCAUGAUUCAUGAAUGCAUCUUUAACAGUUUUUUUUUUA